AUGAAGAACCUGCACGAAGUUUCUGGGAGUGAAACAGACAGAGGGAGCAACAACCAAGAGCGAGAAAAUCAAUCUGAGGCAUCCCAUAAUAAGAGUCCGCUCCUCUCUGAUCCAUGGAAACCAUGCCGACGGCCCCGUGCGAUUGUCAAAGAGCGUCUGCUGCAGCUGAGGUGUUGCUUGGGAGCAGUGUGUGGGAUGGAGUGGUAUGGCUAUGCUGCUCUCGGCAUUUUGAUGGCCUUUCUCAGCUUCCUCAUGGACCUUAGUGUAAAAAAGCUGCUGACAGCUCACCAGUGGCUUUAUACGAAGCUGGAGGGCAAUAGUCUGCUGCAGUUCUUCUGUUGGACACUUUACCCAUCAUGCCUCUGUGCUGUCGCGUCAUCCUUCUCCCACAACAUCUGUCCCUUCUCCACAGGCUCGGGGAUACCAGAGGUGAGAACCAUGCUGGCCGGCAUCAAAAUGCCUCAUUAUUUGUCUCUCACUAAUUUGUUCACCAAGUUCCUGGGCCUUAUCUGUACGCUGGCAGCCGGCAGCACCGUCUUCCUGGGCAAAGUGGGUCCAUUAGUGCAUCUUUCCAGCAUGGUGGGAGCGUACCUGAGCAAACUCUGCUCUCCAAUACGAGACAAUAAGAAGGACAAAGCAGCUGGAGAGAUGCUGGUUGUAGCAGCUGCGGUUGGGGUAGCCAGCUGCUUCGGCGCGCCCGUCAGCGGUGUGUUGUUCAGUGUGGAGGUGAUGUCUUCUCACUUCGCCCGGAGGCAUUACCUCCCGUGUUUCUUCUCAGCCACCUGCGGGGCGCUGACCUUCCGCCUGUUCUCAGUGUGGAGUGGGGAUGCAGAGACUCUUCAGGCGUUGUUCAAAACUGAUUUCCCCACUUCUUUACCUUUCUACCCACUGGAGAUCCUGCUGUUUGCUUUCCUGGGGCUGCUGUGUGGAGCCGUGAGCUGCUGCUACCUCGCCUGCCAUCGGUGGAUCCUGCAAUUUACCAAAACAAACCCAGUCUUCAUCAAGUUGCUGACGUCAGAGAAGGGUCUGUACUCAGGCAUGGUGGCCUUCCUCCUGGCAUCUGUGACGUUUCCCCACUUUGCUGGACAAUACAUGGCGUCUAAGUACACCACGAAGCAGCUCCUUACCUCCUUACUGGAUAGCAGGCAAUGGAGCUGUCAAUCCCAUAAUGCCUCUGUGCAUUCAGAGCCCGAGCCUUUGUUGGAGUGGACCUCAUCAGGGAGCCCUGUCCACCUCUCCUUGGCCUUCUUUCUGCUCAUGAAGAUGUGGAUGUUGGUCCUCGCCUGCACUCUGCCUGUGCCAGCUGGAUACUUCAUGCCAGUCUUUGUCUAUGGAGCAGCUUUGGGCCGAUUGCUUGGAGAAGUAGUGGUUCGUGUGCUUUGCAGUGGAAUGACUUCAGGCCAGCAGUGGGUUUCCAUUAAUCCUGGGGGCUACGCACUGGCUGGUGCAGCAGCACUAUCCGGGGCUGUGACACACACCUUGUCCCCAGCUCUCCUGGCGAUAGAGCUGACUGGCCAGUUCAGCCACGCUGUUCCGGUUCUCCUGGCCACCCUCCUGGCGAAUGCCCUGGCUCGCUCUGGGCACCGCCCAUCUUUCUAUGACGCCCUCUCUAUCAGUAAGAGGCUCCCACAUCUGCCCUCGCUGAGGAAGGCAUGCCCCUGGCUUCCCUCCACACCAGUCGGACAGGUUUUAGGAGCGAAACCAGAGCAGCUUCAGAAAGCAGCUGGGCCAGCGGAGGUUCAGCAUGUUGUCAACACCAGCAGUGAAACACAAAUCCCUGUGGUGGACUCACAUGAGACGCAGAUAUUACUGGGGUUUGUUUGUCGAUCGGAGCUGCUGAUGUUCCUGCGUCACUCUCAGACUGAGACUCCGGAGAAACAUCUGGACGAGGUCUGCUGCAUUCACCCAACCUCUGUCCUGUUAUCACCUCACAACACGGUCCAGGAGGCCCUAAAUAUCCUGAUUGUAGUCGGAGCGCAGACUUUAUUUGUCACAGAGAGAGGACGGUUGGUUGGACUCAUCACAUGGCCAGAGAUGAAGAACAUAUUGGAGGACUUGGCCGAAGAAAUCUAAGCAGUGACACACAGGAAAUAAGCACAUCCUUUGACCUUUUUUUUUAAGCAUGCAUGAAUCCAUCUCUGUCUGAUUAGCUUGUAACAAAAUCCUCUAAU